AAAGGAUGGGGGAAAUGCGACAUCUUGUCAUUUUAUUUAUUAAUUUGGCUUUUAAAUUAAGUUACAACAACUGUUCAUUGAAGAACACGAAAAACAAAAGUGAGGAGGGAUUCCAUCGCAAAGCACAAAUAGGCCUUCGCCUUAUAUAUCCGCUCCAGUAAACUGAUUGUUCUUCACUUCGUCCUCACCCACUCACUUACUCGCAGCUGGUCGCCAUAACUCAUCGAUCGACCUUUUUUGGGGGGUUGUAAUUGAUUGAUUCGCCUUUGCUUGUUGUGCAGAUCGUGAGGAGGAAAAUGGUGGGGAAAAGGCCCAGAAUUGUGAUAAUUGGAGCCGGGAUGGCAGGGCUCACUGCUGCCAACAAGCUCUACAAAUCGAGCAGCUCCAAGCAGCUUUUCGAGCUGAUGAUUGUGGAGGGCGGAAGCAGGAUUGGCGGCAGGAUUAAUUCGUCGGAGUUUUGCGGGGACGGGAUUGAGUUGGGGGCGACCUGGAUCCAUGGAAUUGAGGGCAGUCCGGUUUACGAAAUUGCGCAGGAAUCGGGGCUGCUCCGCUCUGAGAAGCCAUGGGAGUGUAUGGACGGGAUUCGAGAAGAUCUCGUCACUGCAGCCGAAGGUGGGCAUGUCCUCAAUCCAUCUCUCGUCGACCCUGUCUCCAGAUUGUUCGAGAAUCUGAUGAAUUUCAUUCAGGGAAAGGCGAUUGAUGACCAAAUCGGGCUGAGUUCCGAAAUGUUGACGCAGCUGUCGCGCCGUUUGGGGGCUGAGAACGGAACCCUAAGCGUCGGAGCUUUUCUCCGGCAGGGUUUGGAGGCUUAUUGGGGCUUUCCGGCCGACCGCCCGGAGGUAAACGGCGUUGGGAAUUGGACCAGGAACAGCCUGGAGGAAGCCAUUUACGCGAUGAACGAGAGCGUACAGCGGACUUUCACGUCGGCCGACGAUUUGGGGACUUUGGAUUACAAUGCUGAGAGAGAGUAUGUAAUGUUUCCCGGGGAAGAGAUUACCAUAGCCAGAGGCUACUCCAGCGUAAUCGAAUCUUUGGCUUCUGUCCUGCCGGAAGGGAUGAUCCAAUUAGGCCGGAAAGUUGAGAGGAUCCAAUGGCAGCCUGCCGGCGGCGGCUGCACCAACGGCUCACUCCACCCGGAAAAUGGCCACGGCCAUGAAAGCCGACCGGUGGUGCUGCAUUUUUCCGACGGAUCCACCAUGUCUGCGGAUCACGUGAUCGUCACAGUUUCGCUGGGAGUUCUGAAGCGUGGGGUUAGCCAAGAUUGUGGCAUGUUUGAUCCUCCACUGUCAAGUGUGAAGACCGGCGCGAUUUCAAGGCUUGGUUACGGGGUUGUGAACAAGGUGUUCUUGGAGGUUGAUCAGGAAUCCGAGGAUGUAAAGCUCCCCUUCUUGCAAAUGGUGUUCCACAAACCCGAUUCCGAAUUCAGGAGCCACAAGAUUCCUAAGUGGAUCAGGAGGACAUCCUUCUUGCAUCCGAUCUACCAGAAUUCAAGAGUCGUCCUGUCCUGGUUCACCGGGGAAGAUGCCCUCGAGCUCGAGUCCCUCCCGGAGGAGGAAAUCAUCCAGGGAUUCGCCGCAACUCUCUCAAACUUGUUGCCAUCAAAAUCCAAUCACAAGAUUCAUCAAUAUCAUAAUCACCAUCAUCAAAAUGGCGAUCAGCUCUGCAAUGGGAAUGAAAUCAAGGCUGAGGGAAGAGCAGCAGUCCCCGAUGGGAAUCAGAUCAAGUUUGGGAAGGUAAUGAGGACCCGAUGGGGGUCGAAUCCCCUCUUCCUCGGAUCAUACAGCUACAUCGCCGUGGGAUCAACCAUAGACGACAUGGACACACUGGCGGAGCCAUUGCCGCAAAGAAGCAGCCAUGAAUCAACUCCGCCGCUGCAAAUUCUAUUCGCCGGAGAAGCCACGCACAGAACACACUACUCGACCACUCACGGGGCAUACUUCAGUGGGCUCAGAGAAGCCAACAGGAUUCUUAAACAUUACAGCUCUAGUACUACUGCAGGUGUAUGAAUAUGAAUAUGAAUAUGAAUAUGAUCAUUUCUUGUUGCAGCAGCAUUAGUAAUUAAACUAGUCAGACCUUUGAUUUU